CCACGUAUUUCGGGAAUACUUACUGAUUGGUAGCAUUAUCUAUAACAGCCCCCUUUGCUUUUGCAGCGCUUCAUGCUUAAUCUUCGCCAGCUUGGUACCGCUGAUGAAAGCGGUUCGGACACGCGACAUUCUCCCCACUCCUCCAUAAGCUUCCAAAUGUCCUCCAACUUUAUGGGGAACAUUGGAGAGCCUCUGGACCACUGCCAAUCAGAGCAAGUGCAAGAUGACGGCGAUGAUGGCCACUCGGAUGCAGCAGAUAAGCCAGAGGAUCAGCUCGAAGAAGGUGUCAUCCGAGAGAAACGACUGUCUUCCACGGGCCGGCAUGAACUGGUUGUCGCUUUGAUAUUGCAAAUCGCCGAGUGCGCAAAUGAGCAAGAUGAUAUCAGCUUGUCUGCUUCCUCAAGUGAAGCGACAUGUUGAGAGGUAUCCGGAUAUCUGAGGACCGACGGUUAGGUGUGUAUUCAUUUUUGCUACGCCACA